AUGGCGAAACUCACCUCGGCGGAGCUCCCUUUUGAGGAACUUUCUUGGCAAAACUCCCUCAGCAGAACUCCCUUCGGCGGAACUUACCUUUCACGGAACUCCCUUCCUAGGAACUACCUCCCUUUGGCAGAACUUACCUUUCGUGAGACUCCCUUCUGCCGAACUUCCUCAGUGGGACAUCCUUCUGCGGAACUCCCUUUACGGAACUCCCUCGGCAAGACUCCCUUUUGCGGAACUUACCUCAGCGAAACUUCCUUCCGUGAAUUGGAGAUCCAGAGGAUUUAG